AUGUUAGCAGCUUUGGGGCUAAGAGAUUUCCUCAGUGAUGCUGGGUGCAAACUUGUUUUCUAUCUUUACAGAGUGGGCAGGGAUGUGUCCAUGGGCACCAUCUGCCUCUUGAGUGUCUUCCAGUUGAUCACCAUCAGCCCAGUGAACUCCAAGUGGGCAAAACUUAAAGUAAAAGCACCCAAGUUCCUGUGCGCCUGCAGUGUGCUCUGCUGGGCCCUCAGCUUGUUGUUCAACAGCGUGGUCCCUGUGUAUGUGACGGCCAGAUCAGAUAACAGAAAUAUCACUGGAAAAAGUGAUCUGGGCUACUGUUACGUUGCACAUAUCGAGCAAACCAGACGGUCAAUGUACAUAGCAUCUGUAUUUUUUCGUGACGGUCUCUGUUUGGUGCUCAUGACCUGGGCCAACAUCUUCAUGGUUUACAUCUUGCACAGACACAAGAAGCGGGUCCAAUAUUUACAUACUCGCAACCUCUCUGCCAGAGCGUCCCCCGAGGACACAGCUACACAGAGCAUCUUUGUCCUGGUGAGCACCUUUGUAACUUUGUAUGCUCUCUCCUCUACCUUUCACAUGCUUUUGACGUUUAUUGAUUCUUCCAAUCUGUGGUUGCUGAAAGCCUCCAUAAUCAUCUCUGGGUUUUUCCCAGCUCUCGAUCCCUACAUCAUCUUGUACUAUGACUCCAGAGUACCCAGACGCUGCCUUUCUUGGAUAAGGACUACAAAGAACCCUAGACUCAUCACAAAUCUGUAG